UAUCCACGAACGCACGUCUCCAACGCACCCGGCCUCCUCAUCUCACGAACCCCCACCUUGUCGCUCUCGAUCCCAUCUCUCUCUCGCUUCAUAGAAAAAACUUCAUUGCUAUCCCCAGGAAACUAGACCAAGCGCGGCCGCCCGGCCGACGGGCAGAGGAACCGAUGGGGGUGGCUUGGGAGAUCGCGCGCCUGCCGGAGGAACUCGUCUUGGUGGCGCUGGCCCGCACGUCCCCGCGCACGCCGCCAUUUCCCCGGCCUUCCGCGCCGCAGCCGACUCCGACGAUAUCUGGGCGAGCUUCCUGUCCCCCGACGGCCUUCCGUCGCUCGCCGAUGGUGAGCCGUCGGGCCCUGCCCCGCCCUCAUCCAAGAAGGAACUCUUCCUCUGCCUUUCCGCCGGCCCCGCGCUUCUCCAGGUCAGGCUCGUGGGAGACCGGUGCCAAGUGCUACAUGAUAUCCGUCAGGAACCUCUUCAUCAUGUGGGGGAACACUCCGGAGUACUGGUCCUGGAUCCCACUCCAAGACUCUAGGGUGUGGAUCGAGCUGCCGACGAUCGAGGUGCAUCUUGAUGGAUCUUUUUUACGAGCAUAUCUAAAGCUCACUCUCUGUUGCAACAUGAUGUUCCUUAAUUCGGCUGUCACUUGGAUGACUGAAGACGGCUUGGCACUGAGCGAAGUUUCUCAGUCAUUGAGCAGGCGUUCACAGAAAGCAAGGCACAAUGGAUUUUGUUUGGAUGUGAUCUGCUUGGAUGCUGAGCAGAUCCAUAUAUCUGGAUAGUGUUUUCCUCUUGGUAAAGGUGGACUUGGGGAUGUUGCUGGAGCUUUGCCUAAGGCUUUGUCAAAGAGAGGUCAUCGUGUCAUGGCCUCUCCUUCCCGAUGUCGCCUCCCAUGUGAUGUGCCACAAUCUCCAUCGGUGUGGUGUCGGUCGAAUAGGACGACCAACACACUCCUCCUUGGAUCUAGGUGACGACGUCGACCAGAGCAGUGGCUGGUGCAAAAGCUGGAGGAAUCGAGAGAUGCACAAGCCAGCAGAGGUGUGGGAAUGGAGGUGUUCAGGGCCGUGGGCGCUGGCCGACGUGUCACUUAGAACACGGCGGCCUUCCCGCAUGGUGGCUGCGCCCGCGCUGGAGCCUGGAUGAUAGGAAUGCAAGCGGAGGCUCCAAACUGGAGGUGCCUGGCCAACCGCGUUUCAUCUCUUUCUGAACCAUGGAAUAGUCAACCUCAGCUCCCACGUACAUUAUCCAUCCAUGCAUGUCAGCUAAUUCAUCUUCAGAGUAAUUUAUACAUUUCUGUCUUCAUGUAUUUGCUGUCGUCAUGUUUUUUUAUUUCUUAUUUAUGCUAAUUGGACAAUACAUACAAUAUGGAAUGCACCCGCCUCCAAGGCCUCUCCUUCCCGAUGCUCAACUAGGCCACAUACCACAUCCUCCUUUGCUCCAAGAUAGGUGCAUGGCGUCUGUCUCAGCACCCCUAUGCCUUGUUGAUGGGGAAGGGAGAAGCCUCAAGGACUCGCUCGACCACGGCAGCCCGAGAGGCCCGCAAAGCCGCCACAGGGUUGAGAUAGUAUGGUGAUGUACGGCGUCCUGAAGAUAUACAAGAUCGAUGUCACCCAAGUUUCAAUACGACAAUUUGAUUGAACUGGGCUAUGCCUCUAUGACUGUGUUCAACGAACCUGAAAAUUUGGUAAUGUCAUACGCAUGCAUGUGUGUUUGUUUGUGUUGGGAAUUUUCAGAGAUGCUCAGAACAUCCAAACAUGUGUACGAUGGCUAUGCUGCAAAGGGCGACGAGCAUGUAGAUAAGUCUCAUGCAGACAUUAUAUGAUGGAUUUAUAUGGCUGCCUGACGAGGUAAAAGAGCUAUAUCUAAGCAUAAUCCUGUUGUGGUAGAGCAGAAACCGGGUUUACCUCCAAUGAAGAGAAGCAUUGCAGCUGCAUAUAUCCUACUUUGAGUUGUUAGCUAAUUCUGCCUCUUUAUCGAGUGGGUUAUUGUAUUGGGAGCUGCCAGUGCUUAUUUGUGGUGUCUAUUCCAAAAUUUCAUUUUAGUUCAUCGGUGCAGUCCAAUCUUGUAGAACAAAAACAAAUAAAGUGCAUAGAAAUAUUGCAUUUGGUAGAAUUUAUAUGAUGUUUCAAGGAACCACGCUGCACUCUAUGUUGUUAUGUUGAACCGAAGUAACGACGACACUUAGGAAACAUGAGUUUAUCGUUCAAAAGAGGUCUCUGAAAUUUUCGAGGGUUGUGGUAUAUGAAUCAUUGCUGGAUAAGAAAAGGAGUGGGAUAGGAUCUGCAGGUGUGUAUUAUAAAACUUUACUAAUGUAGGUGUUGAUUUUUGUUUGCAAGAUUCUAUAUUGUUGUUUACCCAUUUGCUCCUGGAAUUGUGUAUUAAUUAUGAUUUGUUUCAGUUUCAUGCGGACAUUAUAUGAUGGAUUUAUAUGGCUGCGUGACGAGGUAAAAGAGCUAUAUAUUUUAGUGUUUUCGAUUCAGAUAAUCUAUUUCCUAUGGAUCUAUGUAAUCUUGGUCUUGCAAGAAAAACCAUAUGCAACAUAGCUACAAGGUGACAUAUAAUUUGUUUACUUUGUUGUAAUUUGUAUGCUAAGUAGGUCGGAAUAUUCCUAUCUGGUAGUUUAUGAAAGAACUGUCAUGGUGUAGCCAAGAUUUUAAAAAUGUUCAUCAAAUUUGUUGUUUGUAUUUCUGCCUAAUAUAAGAACUUUGUUUCCCUGUUCAUCCAACUCUGCUCUUUUGAUUGAAGUUCUUUCCUACACUCACAACAGAAACUUACAAUUUGAACGCUUGUCCGAUGCAAGAGAUUAAGGAUUAAAAUCAUGGAAUCUAAAAAAAUAGCUUGGACUAUAAAAGAUCUAAAAAAAGACUCUGAAUGUCCUGUCAAAAAAAUGAUUUACUCUGAUAAACAAUGUUCAUGGCAUUUUGACCUAAAAAGUGGGCAGCCCACUUGAUAAUUAACGGACUCUGAACGUCCCGUCAAAAAAAGAAAAACUCCAAACGUCCAACUUAUAUUAUGUUGGUGCUUAAUACUAUGAUGCUGGUGUAUGUGUACGAGCUGAUGUCCAGGAAGCCAUCGCAUCCCGACCUCUUUGAGGUCUACUUCGAUCAAGCAGGGAGGGUGACACAGGUGUCAUGUUAAAGAUACUGCAAGAUCCUGGUGCUGAUCUGAUCACUACUAUAAUAAUGAACUAUAAUGUGGGUGCCUUUUGUUCAAAAAAAUAAAUAAAAUUUGGGCACUCACGACCAUGUGCUCACCAACAACUAAUGAUGAACACAUUCGUUUAAUUAUUUACUGUUCAGGAAUUAGAACAUAUCUGAACAAUUUUAUUUUCAUGCAUGAUUUUGUUUAUGAGACUGUUCAGGCAUUUUUUAAGUUUCCGUAAAGAUGAGUACUACCAACCCUUGCUUGUAUAUAUAUGGCGACACUUGAUCCUCUUUGUUCUGGUUUCCGAAGGUGCCGAUGCUUCUGUUCGUGUUAACAGAUAGUUUUGUCCGAGGGGAAAGCAACUCUGUUUGAAGUGAGUUGUAAGUUGCGGAGUUUUAAUGCUAUAUUCUUGUGUUUUAUUUUAGUUGUAGCCAGCCCGGAUGUAAUCUUGAGAUUCCCUUUUUAUAGUUGAAAUAAAGCCAUAAUUCAGAUAAA